UUCUCUGUUUUCUGUUUGGCCAGUGCUUUACCUUUGUGUGUGAUCAAUCGAACUCCUUCUGAUGCCUGAAUUAAAACCAGAAGAAAAAUGUUGCAGGGAUGGCUUUACUUGGUAGAGUUGGGCAUAUACUGAGGCAAGCAACGAAUAAGAAGAUCAGUUCAGAGUUAUGUUUAUUUCCAUCUGUUUUCCAAACUAUACGGUGCAUGUCAAAUGCUCCAAGUUCAAGGCUGUAUAUAGGAGGUGUCUCAUAUUCUACUGAUGAGCAAAGUUUGAGGGAAGUUUUCUCAAAGUAUGGCCAAGUUGUUGAUGCGAGGAUAGUCAUGGAUCGUGAAACUGGUAGGUCCAGAGGAUUUGGCUUUAUUACUUAUGAUACAGUUGAGGAGGCUUCAAGUGCCCUUCAGGCCUUGGAUGGACAGGAUCUGCAUGGUCGCCAGGUUAGGGUAAACUUUGCUAAUGAAAGACCACGUGGAUUUGGUGGUGGUGGUGGUUUUGAUGGAUCGUAUGGCAGCGCUCCCUAUGGUGCUGGAGCUGGCACUGGAUAUCCAGCUAAUUAUGGUAACUCUCCAUAUGGUGCUGCUACUAGUGGUGGGUAUGGUAAUACUGGUGGUGGCAAUGCCACUGGAGGUUAUGGCAGUGGUGGAUAUGGCGAAGGUGGCUAUGGAUCAGGUGGGAAUUUAGGGGUCAGCAGCUCUGGCAGUAACUAUGGUGAUUCUGGUGCCUAUGGUGGCAAUGCUGCUGGGGGUUAUGGUAGCAGUGGAGGUGGCAAUGCCACUGGAGGUUAUGGCAGUGGUGGAUAUGGCUAUGGAUCAGCUGGGAAUUUAGGGGUCAGCAGCUCUGGCAGUAACUAUGGUGAUUCUGGUGCCUGUGGCGGCAAUGCUGCUGGGGGAUAUGGUAGCAGUGGAUAUGGUGGAGGUGACAUUGGUUCAGGUGGCAAUUUUGGCAGCAGCAGCAGCAGCAGCUCUGGCAAUAAAUAUAGUGAUGCCGGUGCCUAUGGUGGCAAUGUUACUGGAAGUUAUGGAGCCAGUGGAUAUGGUGGAGGGUCAGGUGGCAAUUUAGGGGGCAGCAGCUCUGGCAAUAACUAUGGUGAUGCCAGUGCCUACGGGGGCAAUGCUGCUGGAGGUUAUGGCAGCAGUGGAUAUGGUGGAGGGUCAGGUGGCAAUUUAGGGGGAAGCAGCUCUGUAAGUAAAUAUGGUGCUGGUGGUGGUUAUAGUGGAAGUGGAAUGAAUUGCUGGAAUGGUGGUAGCUUUUCAAGUGGAAACACUUGCAAGGAUGGAACAAUUGGAGAAAGUAGCACCGGUAACUAUGGUAGUGCUCCUGGUGGUGGUUAUGGUAGCUAUGGCACUGCUGCUGGAUUUGGUGGUAGCGGUAGUUAUGGAAGUGCUGGUAGUGGUGGCAGUAUUGCCAGUAGUCAAUACUCUGGAAGUGUCGUGGGGUAUGGCAGGGGUGGUUCUGGUACAGGCAGCAGCCUUGGCGGUGGACAUGAUGGAAGUGGAGUACUUGGAUAUGGCAGCAGUGGCCAAAUUGGGAGCAAUCAAAACAGCAAUGUGGGUGAACAUGGUAGAGAUUUUGGAGGUUCAUUUGAAGAAAAUUUCAGGAACGACUAUUGUGAAACUAAUGCCUUUGCUAAACGAGCUUGAUGGAAUCUCUAGAGUUAGGUUUUUUACUUCGUUGCCUAUCCCUCAUCAAACUUUUGCCUUAACGACCUUUCAAGCACGUAUCAAUCAGCAAAUACAAUACCGGGAAGAAAGAAACGUCAGUCCUCUUAUGCUUUGUUUAUUUCCUGUUAUGACAAAUCAGGUAUCUAAAUUUGGUUGCAAAUUGAGGUGAAUUUACGUUUGACCGAAUUGAGAUUAUUAUUCAGCACGUAUAUAAAUGAAUUGUUACCACAAUAUACUUAAAACUAGCCAGGGAUCUUUAAACUCUUUCACUAAGUAUUGAAUAAUUUUUAUUUA